AUGAGCUCCAUAAAGAGAAUUUGCGUCAUUGGUGCAGGCGCAAAUGGCCUUGCGACGCUGAAGAUUCUGGCAGACACUCCUCAGGUGCAGUCAGGUUUGUGGAAAUUGGCUGCGUUCGAGGAGAGAGAAAACGUCGGAGGAAUAUGGUUGCCGGCACCUGCUGUGGAUGAUCCUCCCUAUACACCGCUCUACGAUUCGCUUUAUACGAAUGUAGCCGUUCCGUUCCUUGGUUUCCCGAGUUUCCCGUUCCCACCAGAAACACCUCUAUACCCUACGGCUGCCAGGGUGCGUCAAUAUCUCGAAGAAUACGCUGCAUACUUCGAUAUCACGCGCUAUAUCCGCUUCAAGACUCGGGUCGAAGAGACUCGCUGGGAUGCCGAAGGCCAAGUCUGGAAAAUCAGGUUGCCGGCGGGAGAAUGGCAUGAGUUCGAGUUCGUCGUCGUGGCCUCGGGACAUCACAGAAAACCCCGGUACCCGGAUGUCCCUGGCGUGAAGAAAUGGGUCGACGAGGGAAGGGCGUUUCAUUCUUCGUGGUACAGGCGUCCGAGUGAGCUAGCGCACCACAAGAAGGUGGUCGUGGUUGGUGCCGGGCUUAGUGCACUUGAUAUCGUGGCAGAGAUGCGCAACGUCUCGAAGCUUCUUUUGCAGUCAGUCUCUGGCGGAAGCUAUUGGAUAGGUCAAGCACUGCCCCCGGACGAUGACGGCUAUAGGACUAAACCAAAGAUUUCAGAGUACAAGGACAGCGGCAUUCUGGUGUUCGAGGAUGGCACGACGGAGUCGGACGUCGACUUCGUCAUCUUUGCAACUGGGUUCGAACACUCGUUCCCAUUCUUUGCUCACCUGACCAACGACGUGUGGACGCCUUCAACGCCGUUACCUGACCACCUGCAAAUUUCGAGCUACGCCCCGUUUCCUCUGGCGAAAUUCCUGUUUCCUUUGCAGAAAGACUUCCCAGCCCACUCCAUCGCCUUCACAGGGCUCAUGAAUCGCAUCGCGCCAUUGCCAAUUUUCGAAGACCAAGCACGCGCUAUCGCGCAUGCGUUUGCGAAUCCAGGCGCGCUGGACAUCGCAGCAGAGUCGGCAGCUAUCAUAAAGCGCGCGCAAAGCCUGGUGCAAGAGGUUGGGUCCAACCCGCUCGACGUCGCGAAGGCGUGGGUGUUUUUCAAACCUCACGAGCCAUUCGAAUAUCGCGCGGAAUUGAACGCGUUCGCAGGCAUCGAAUGGCAGCCGAUGGACGGAGAAUUUGAGUGCUGGGAUCGAAAGCACGAGUUGCGCACUGAAUGGAAAGCGAUAGUGGAUGAUGGAGAGUCAGAGAAGUGGUUGAAAGGGGUUGGGGUCGGCGGAUUAGACGAGUGGGUGGACCUGUGCAGAAAGGUCCUCAAAAGAUACGAUUCUAGACACGGGUAA